GCUUCCGAUAGGAGUCCCGCCCUGAUCAGGAUGAGCGGAGUAGGGAAGAAGCGCGACGCAUCUGAUGACUAUGCUGCCAUCCUGUUACGUUAUCUUCAGGAGCAGAACCGGCCUCACAGUGCUCAGGAUGUCUUUAGCAACUUACAGAAACAACAUGGAUUGGGCAAGACGGCUGUAGUGAAGGCACUGGAGCAGUUGGCUCAGCAAGGGAAGAUCAAUGAAAAGAUUUAUGGGAAACAGAAGAUUUAUUUUCCAGAUCAGAAUCGUUUUGGUAAUACAAGUGAAUCAGAACUCAAGGGCUUGGACAAUGAGAUUUCAGAACUAUCUGGCAAAGUUCAGACACUCCAACAGAACUGUCGUCACAUGGAAUCAGAGCUGAAAGAACUGAAGGGCUCUAUGACAACCCCAGAGAUGGUUAAAGAAAUUGAAGACUUAAAAAAAGAUUGUGCCAAUUAUACAGAGAAACUGGAACGGAUCAAAUCUGCUGCCAAUCAUGUGUCCCAUGAGGAGAAAGAAAAGGUCUACAAUGAGAAAAAACUGUACUGCAGAGAAUGGCGUCGCCGCAAGAGAAUGGCAACAGAAUUACUUGAUGCAAUCCUUGAAGGCUACCCAAAAAGCAAGAAACAGUUCUUUGAGGAAGUUGGCAUUGAGACAGAUGAAGAUUUCAAUGUUACAGUACCCUCUGUGUGAACCAAGAUCUCAUCUGUGUAAUUGAAAUCUAAGCAUUCAAGUUUCAGUUUCUCAUAUUCUGUUGCUCUGAUUUUCAGAAUUUAAAAAUAUUUGCAUUCAUUGGGUAAAAGCACACCUCCCAUUUUACACUGUUUAGUUUUUUCCUAGUAUUCACCAUAGGAUUUCCUAAUCUGUCUGAUUGUUUUGUUCUUAAAGUAGUUAGAACAAAAAUUUAAUAUGCAUUUGAGAAUAUGAGGGAGGGGGCUCAAAAUACUUGAAUUCUGAUAGUAUUGUUUUUUCUGUAAUUGGCCCUGCAUGUUGUAUUAACAGCAUAUUAUGCCAUUAACUACUAUUUAGAGUGAGCUAAUUAUUCCACCAAGAAUUGGGGGAAAUUUUAAUGUCAAUUGUUACUUAGCCAUCAUGCUUUGCUUUAUGCUGAAAGUCACCUUGUGAGAUGCAAACAAAUUUAAUACAUUUUCUCCAAGCUAAUUGGGAAAUUGUGAGAGGGUAGAACAACUGGGUUUACCACUUCUUUGUUACAUGGAAGAAAAACAAUGUACCUUGGAAAAUCGAUAUUAAAAGAUUAGUUUCCU